AUGGCGACUGAGGACGCUGCCACGAGAUCUGAAGUGAAGAAGAGUGGCAAAUCUCAUGUCAAGAGGAAAAGAGAUGAGAACUGUUUGUGUCCGCAAUGGCUGUGCAGAAAUGGUUUUGUUCUUCUCCUGUUGCUGGCAACAUUCGGAGGUUACAUCAUCGGUUUCUUUCUCCAGUCACAGAAUCUCUCCAACCACACCAUCUACCUCAUUGGUUUUCCUGGACAAUUGGUGAUGCGAAGUUUCUUCAUGAUCAUAGUCCCUCUGUUGUUCUGUAGUCUUGUGUUAGGUGUCGCCAGCUUACGCAAAGGCGGCGAUGCUCGUAUGGUGGCAAUCACUAUUGGCUUCUUUUUGGGUUUGUCCACGUUUGCCUCUAUCAUGGGAGCGACAGCCGGACACUUGAUACAGCCAGGGAAGAUCACUUCCGACACCAGCAUUCAGUCGCAAGCCAGCUACUCUGGUAGAAAAGGGGUCAUUUUGGACUCGAUGCUGGAUCUUCUAUGGAAUGCAAUUCCAGAAAACAUAGUUGAAGCUACCUUUGUGAAGGAAUUUACCCACGUGGAAAUACGCAACGUGUCAAAUUCCAGUGAUGGUACUGUGGUUUACAAGAAAACUAUUCAACAAAAGAAAGGAGUAAAUUUUAUGGGCUUAUUGACAUUCAGUAUAUUAUUCGGAUGCGCCCUGGCUGCUCUAGGUGAUAAAGGAGAAGUCUUGCAUCAAGUUAUUGAGCAAUUCAAUGCAGUAAUUCUAAGCAUCAUGAAAUAUUUCCUCAAAUUAUUACCAGUUGGUAUGUUCUUCUGGAUGUUCCGGGAAGGUUUAGAGAGUUCUGCUCCAGUACAGCUGUUGGGAUACUUGGGGGUAUUUCUGGUCGCUGCAUUUGGGUGCAUCAUCUUUCACCAAUUCGUUCUUUUACCACUUCUGUACUUGAUCAUCGUCAGGAAGAAUCCGAUUAGAUAUCAUCUAAAUCUUCUUCCAGCGAUACUCACAGCUUUUGGCACAUCUUCUAGUGCUGCCACUCUUCCAGCCACAGUAAAAUGUGCUGAAGAAUCCAAUAAAUUAAAUCUCUGUGUAACUCGCUUCGUUCUGCCUUUGGGCAUGGUCGUCCAUAUGAAUGGAGGAACAUUUUACGUCACAAUGUCCACCAUAUUUUUAGCUCAACUGGAAGGAAUCACUCUGAGCGCUGCGGAAACUGUCGUUGUCUGUGUAACAACGAUACUACUUUUCAUAUCAGCACCAGGUACAGCAGGUGGUGGGAACCCGGUGUACCUUUUAACUGCCAUGGCGGCGGUUGGAAUUACAAAUCCGCAGUUCAUAUAUUUGUUUUUAUCUAUGGAAUGGCUCAUGGAGCGUUUCCGCACCGUCAUGAAUGUUGUUGCAGACAGCUAUGUGGCAGCUUUUGUUGAAAAAUUAUGCUACAAGAGGCUACCCCUCGAUCCCGGCAGUACAGAGUAUUCGUCACCUGUACUCGAUGGAUACAAUCAUCAGACAGUUGUUACAGUUGAUGUAACGGACGCACAGCAUGCGGCGAACAGAAGGAGCAUUUGCAGAUGCUGUGGAAGUCAUAUAGAUGUCUCAUGAAGAAAAAGUGAACUAAUCCUGAGCUAGACAUGAAAACAAUCACUAGUCAGCUGGCGACUAAAGAUCUUACUAUAGGGACAAAAAAAAAAAAGCCACUUUUUACAAACUCUAACCGGUCACAAAUAAUGAUAAUUAUUUUUUUAACAAAUCAUUUCUUCCUUUAUCGCACUUGGUUUGUGACGCAAAAGCAUAUCCCAUGUUCUUAUAUGGUAUUCUAUACCGCCAACAGAAAAGAAAAUCACACGUGCACUUCAACUUAAAAAAUUGAUGAUUGAAGCAAUGAUAAUUCUUAAAUUAAAAUUAUUACUUAUUCUUUCAUAAGUAUUAAUAUGUAUAAGGUUGCUACUAGGUCUUAUAUAUCGAUAUUUUCAUUUUAAAAAAAUCUUGUAUAAAGUGUUAACUAAUAAUAAAAAAAGUCAACUAAAAGUGGUAAGUAAACUAAAAGUGGCUAUCGGUCACUGGCGACUAACUGAAAAUUUGAAUUUUCAAGUCUAUCCUCAGCUGAACGUUUUUUCAAUCGUUAAAACUUUUAGUCUAUGGCGAACUUUUCUGCUGAAGGUUGUUUUCCUAUUUCAGUGAUUGAAUAAUGGAAUAAUUUUCAUUCCUUACGCAAAUAUGCAUUUACGCUAUACUGCAACGUCCUUUGUUGCAGUUACCAAAAUGGGACCCGUAUGUGAAAUCUGAGUGACAGUCAGAUCCAGUUCCCCGUCGCAUGACUGUCACCAAAUGUCACUUUAAAGUCAGCAGGCUGCAGCUAACUUAGGAGUGUCAGUUGGGCCCUGCCAGUGGUAGCACAUUAUCGUUUCAUAAACGUUUUAAGAUGGUUGUAACGUUGUCACAAACAUUUAUGAAACGUUUACUGUUAAAAAAAAUGUAUUCAAAAAUGAAACUCUGAAUGUAUUCAUUUUUUUAAUACAAUUGAUUCAAAAAUGAGUAAAUGUGGCAUCAAAUGCAAACAUACGAGAAAUACGAGUCAUGAAAUGAGUACAUGUGUUUCUCAAAAUUGAACCUUAUUGAUUCGGAGCUAUAUUGAGUAAUGAAAGUAUUCAAAAAUGAGUAAAUUUUCAUUAUUUUUGAAUACCUAUUUUUAACAGUGUUUAAACGAUAACUGUGCUACCUAAAUGGCGAAGUCUCAGAACAACAUUGCAGUGACGUCUUCACAAUGUCACAAAGGGACCGGUCAUUUAUUAAUUGUUGCAGCGACUCCUCAGUGAAGUCACAUUAAACAUGCUACAAAUAUGUGAUUUCUAAGAGGAAUCCCAAUCCUAAAACUUCGUGAUUCGGGAACAUUGUGUGUGCGCGCACUAUAAUCUGUUGCUGUCACAUCCAUUCUGCAAUCGGGAAUGAUUUGAUGUUUUGAUAUUACUCCUUUAUAACACAAGGAAAGGAUAUUGUAUAAGCUGGAAUAACAUUUUUCAAAGAUUUAAUAAGUCCAGAAACAGAUUCCACAGUCACCAAAGGAAAAAGUAAGACUGAGAAAGCUUUCUCAUCAGUCAUUUUUGUACUAUGGGAAUGAGGGUUCAUUUAGUUCUUACUUGUGCUAAGCAAAAACGUAGCACGAAAAUAGACAUUAAUUAUGGUUGUGGAUGCGACGGGUAAGCUUCUGUGGAACUUACCUAAUUCAUAUUGUUGUUCAUUUGUUGCCAGAUUAAAAUUUUACAGAAUGUUUAACACUGUAUAUUCCUUCAAAAGCUCAAUAUAUGUUGUGAAUCAUUUUUCAAAUGGAGAACAAUUUUCUAUCAAGAUUUUAUGUAUCGCGAAAAAAAAAAGACUAUGGUACAGUUGUAUCACGAAGAGAUGGUGAUUGAACUAGUAAAGAAAACAGACCACUUCAUUUUGUGGUAUGUACGAUCAGCAAGAACUCGCGAGCAAUGAAUACUUAACUGCUUGCGGUUUCACUCAUCCUACCUAUUACAUAAUGAAGUGGUCUGUUUUUGCUUCCAGUUCAUCCACCAUCUCUCUAUGGCACAACUUUUAUAUUCAUGUGAGUGUGUGAAAAUGGAAUUUUUG